CACUCGUCCACUUGAAAACAAUCGUUAAACUUAUUGCUGCAAAGUGCCACCAGUAAACUAAGCGCUCAGAUCCCCUGCUUCCCAAACCACGUGAAUCACCGAUUUCCGUCAUUUUAACAUACACAUGGCGCGUUAGCACUGGUGCAUAAGUGAGUGUAUGUACACAGUGAGUGGCAUCAAUCUUUUAGUCGUUGCAAUUGAUAGUAAGUCACUUCGGGGGAAUUUUGAAGAGAGAAAGUGAGUGAACACCAUGGAGGAGACGGAGGAGGAGGAGGAGGCGUUGGGGUCCAGUUUGACGAUGGAGAAGGUGGCGGCGGCAAAGCAGUUCAUAGAGAAUCACUAUAGAGCUCACACGAAGAAUAUUCAGGAACGGAAAGAGAGACGAUGGGUGUUGGAAAGAAAAUUAGCUUGUUCAGAUGUGCCCAAGGAAGAACAAAUCAAUCUCAUAAAAGAUCUAGAGAGGAAAGAGACUGAGUUCAUGCGACUUAAGAGACAGAGAAUUUGUGUUGAUGAUUUCGAGCUUUUAACCAUUAUUGGGAGGGGGGCCUUUGGUGAGGUUCGAUUGUGUCGGGAGAAGAAAUCUGGUGACAUCUAUGCCAUGAAGAAGUUAAAGAAAUCUGAAAUGCUUAAGAGAGGACAGGUAGAACAUGUUAGGGCUGAGAGGAACUUACUGGCUGAAGUUGCUAGCCACUGCAUAGUGAAGCUCUACUACUCAUUCCAGGAUGCAGAAUACUUAUAUUUGAUCAUGGAAUAUCUUCCUGGCGGUGAUAUGAUGACUUUGCUGAUGAGGGAGGACACAUUAACUGAAAAUGUAGCUAGAUUUUACAUUGCUCAAAGUAUCCUGGCUAUCGAGUCAAUUCACAAACAUAACUACAUUCACAGAGAUAUUAAACCUGACAACCUUCUUUUGGACAAAAAUGGUCACAUGAAGUUAUCAGAUUUUGGCCUUUGCAAGCCUCUUGAUUGUUCAAAUUUGUAUGCAAUUCAUGAAAAUAAAACCAUUGAUGAUGAAAAUAUGGCAGAACCAAUGGAUAUCGAUGGAUGGUUUCCUGAUGCAGAUAAUAAAAGUAGUUGGAAAAGUGCCCGUGAGCAGCUUCAGCACUGGCAGAUGAACAGAAGGAAAUUGGCUUUUUCAACUGUGGGAACGCCAGAUUACAUUGCUCCUGAGGUUUUAUUAAAGAAAGGAUAUGGCGUGGAAUGUGACUGGUGGUCACUAGGAGCAAUAAUGUAUGAAAUGCUUGUUGGAUAUCCUCCAUUUUACUCAGAUGACCCAAUAACCACAUGUAGAAAGAUUGUCCAUUGGAGAAAUCAUCUAAAAUUUCCAGAAGAUUUGAGGUUAUCACUUGAAGCAAAGGAUCUCAUUUGUAGGUUACUAUCUGAUGUUGAACAUAGGUUGGGCACUGAAGGGGCACACCAGAUUAAAUCUCAUCCUUGGUUUAAGGAUGUUGUAUGGGAUAAACUUUAUGAAAUGGAGGCAGCUUUUAAACCAGAAGUCAAUGGGGAGCUGGAUACCCAUAACUUUAUGAAGUUCGAUGAAUUGAAUCCUCCAGCAUCAGCAGGAACUGGUUCAGGGCCGUCACGGAAGAUGUUAUUAACUCCCAAAGAUUUGAGUUUUGUUGGCUACACAUACAAGAACUUUGAUGCUGUGAAAGGGCUAAAACAUUCAUAUGCCAUUUCAAUGCAUGCAGAUCGCGAAAGAAAUAUGUCACCAGAAGAGCCACCAACAGAUUCUAUAUCCAGUGAACCCAUGGCAAAUAGUAUUCCUAAACGGACAGCCGAAGAAACAGAGGUGCAGAUGGUUGCAACAUCAGGUGACCCCAUGUUACCAUAAAGCAAGUGACAAAAUGGCCAAGUUUCAGGGUGAAUGUUUGAAUACAAUUGCUUGGUUAUAUUGAGGAUUUCCUCUAAAAAUCUGGAUUUCUUGCAUGACGGAGUGUAGAGCAGUCUUUUAGAUGCACUUGGAAUGGUCGAUGGGGUUUAUCUUUUAGGAGUGAGAGAUCUAUAUGAUAUAAUUUAUAGCAGUGUUGUGGAACUUAUGCCCUGGCUGCCCAGGUUGGCUGUUGUUAAAAAAUGCCUUCUCUUGUGGCAGUUUGUGGUCAAUUUUCAAUUGAUUCAGAACAACUGUGUAAACUUUAAUCUUAAUUAAGCGAGAAAAUAUUUUAGGUA